UUUCUGGUGAUUAACGAAACUCACGGGGUUGGUUUCUUCUUUGUUCGGUAACGUCAUAAUUUUCGUAAAAACUUCGAACAGGUUUUACGGCUUAAACCAGGCGGUCCAUGGUGGUGAACCCUACAGCACAAUGAAGCUAGGUUAACUAAAUCUAACGAGCGUUAGCACGAAAAACGGAGUUGCUAACAUUACCUGCUUGUUGAGAAAUGGCCACUAGCAAUAUUUGAGGGAAAUGAAGAGGAAAGUGGCCAAACUAAGACUAAGUCCGAACGAAGAGGCUCGAAUAAUACGAGAGGAACAUGAACGGAGGAGAAAAUUACGAAUACAGCAGGUGCGGGAGCAGCAGAGGUACAUUGCACUGCAGAUCCGCAGAGAGGUCGAGCAGAGACGGCAGCGUGAGCUGGAUCAGCUGGAGCAGGAGCUGAGGGAGGACUGGGAGCGACAGCAGAGGGACAAACUCCACGCGCUGCAGAAGCUCUACCAGGAGAGCCUCCAGCUUGUUGGUCAGGGACACAGGAGUGCAAAAGAAAACGAGCCCGACUUGGAUGCCAUAGCUCAGAGAGAGGAGGAAAAUCAUGUCAAAGCAGAGGAGCGGUAUCGGGAAGCCCUGAAGGAGCUCAAAUCACAGAGGCUUAAAGAUGACGAGAGGCAAAGCCGAUCCAUCAAUGCCAGGAGGAAGGCGCUACAGACCGAGAAGGAAAGAUCGGCAAAAGUGGCCAGCCUUCCCGUGCCUCUCCCAAACCCCAUUCAGCAGACCAUCGAUACCAAGAAGCCGUGUGUAGUCAAGAAAUCUGACGUGAGUGCCUUCGCCGCCACACAUUACCACAUGUCUGAGAGCACCGUGGACAGAGAGGCAGACUCGAAGCAGCUGAAUGCCCACGAGGGAGCUGAGCUGGAGGUGAGGAGACUGCAAGACUUGCAGAGGGAGGAAAAGAGGAGGAAAGAGGAGCAGCUCGAGAAGGCUCGCCUUAGAGGGAAGGAGGCUCUGAGGAGGGAACAUGUCAUCCAGGAUCGCGAACGCUUACUCGUUGAAUUGGAGCACGUGCAGCAGACGGACUUGCUGAGAAGGAGACAGCAGGUGUCCCACAUGCCUCCUCAGAUCUUCCAGCCUCUCCUAAAGAGACAGGAGAUGAGGGAGGACUUCCAGAGGGAGAUAGAGUUUGCCUUUGAGGACAUGUACACCGGAGAGAGGAGGGUGAAAGGUGACCUGGUGGUCCAGCUGGUACCCGAGCCUCUGCCCGCUCUGUCCAUGGGCAGCCAGGACCAAGAGCUGGAAGUCUCCCUGGAUGAAGUCGCCACGCAAGGACCAGUACCAAAACAACAUGAUGCUGAGCGGGAAGCGGGAUGCACUGAAGAGGAGGCAUCUGCUCAAGCAGAGUCUUUCAAACCUGCUCCCAGAUGGGCUUUGAAGAAACUCCUGGAUCGCAUCAGGAGCCAGAGGAACCAGUGGACUGACCCUGCAGCCGAUUCACCGACCGCCAUCACCGCUCAGAUUCCAGAGCGGGACACGACCAUCGACACAGGCUCUCUGACCAGCGAGGAGAACGGCCCCCUCCCCCCCACGGAGCGCCCUGAGCCGGCCCACUCACCUCCGGCGUCUGAGACAACGGAGCCGUCGUAUACAGCAGGUCCUCCACUUCCUGAUGGACCUGCACGCAGAGUCCAAGAGUUUGAAGAAGAACACAAGAGAAGGGAAAAGGAGCUUGACAGGGAGAAGCAGCAGCAGGUGGUUUUGCUUCAGGAGCUGGAAGAGCAGAAGGCCCAAUUGGAGCAGAUGCUGCUCGAGGCCCAGCAGGAGAGAGAAGACCUGAAGGCUGUUGUGACCCAGGACCAACCAGAAGUACCUGUCCAUGACCAGGAAGUCACCCCUGUCACUCCUACUGUGGCCACUGAGCUGGUGCCUCCCGCAGGUGAAGAUGUCCACACCAGACGGAUUAAAGAGUACCAACAGCGGCUGUUGGAACAAAACAGGAUUCACCAGAAGUCGGUGGAAGUGGCUCGUCAUCAUCUGGAGGAAUACCAGCGAGCUCUUCAGAUUCGUUACAACUUGACCGCCACGUCGUCUGAGCCAGCAGGCUUUGUUCACCCUCUUCUGCAAGACCCUCGGUCUUCGCAUCUUGCAGCUCCCCCGCAUUUCCUUACGACCCCUACGGCGACCCCAUGCAUCCAGGCCAAACUGCAACCCCCUGCGGAACUUCCCCCAAGGCAGUCUGACGUGUCGGUUCUGCCCGCACGACUUCCCAGUGUGAGCGUUGGCUCCAAGCGGUCACCACUGGAUGAAGUUGGAUCCUUUCCGAGCGAUUCGAUGAACCGGGGACCGGAUGUCAGCGCGUGGCUGACCGACAACAUAAUGCAGAGAGUGACGGAGCACCUUCCAGAGAGAGUGAGGCCCUGUUCGGAGCCGCCGCCUCACAAACGGUUACCAGCGCAACAUUCAGCCAGCUUCCCGUCCCAGCCGACCUCUGAUCCCAUCCAAGCCGUUAAGUCGCACAUCACAGAGAGGGUACCUGUGGUCGAGAGGGGGCCCGUGCCACACGGCUCCGUACGGUCCAGGUCCCCGAGCUCCAGGGACGACGAUGACGACGACAUGGAGAGUCAGAGACGAGAGCUGCUGGAGGUCCAGAGACGAGUGCUGGAUCAGAGGGAGGCCGUGGCGCUGCAGCAGAGGCGGCGAGAAGAGGAGAGGCAGAGGCGGGAAGAGCAGCGACGAAGACAGGAAGCAGAGAUGGAGCAGAUGAGGCAGCAAAAUGAGAUACUGCAGGCUCUGAUUCAUACUGAAGAACAAAAUGCAUUUUUCCAUCCACAGCUUGUUCCAGAGGCUGCCGGUAAGGUGCUGGUUUCAGAGGACAUCGGUCAGAACCGCCUCAAAUUACUCGCAUCCCUGCUGAGAGCCAUCGAGGAGUCGAACGGAGGAACUUUAUCUCACUUGGAAGACCCGCAGGAGAAAGACUGCUCCCCUACACAACGGCCCUCUGUCAGUGGUGAGAAAAGUCUCAUCUGUCACAGCGAUGUUCCUGCCGGACCUGUCCCAGCUUCAACCUUCCCCUCUGGACUCUUCCCCCCUCCUCCUCGAGCAGCGAAGCCCCCGGUGACCCGCAUCAGGCUGAGCGCCAUGGAGAUGAUGACGGAGCAACACGAGCUCAGUGCUAUCCAGGAGGUGGAGACACCGGUCAACGCCAGCCAAGUCGCAGGCCCACCGGAGGAUAGUGCGACAGUCCCCUCACACGCUCUAGGCUGGGAUGGGCAGGAGGACUCGGAAUCGUCGAUGUCGUCUGACCGGACCCUGCAGACCCCCUCUUGGUCCAGCGGUGGGCAGCGGUCAUCUGAGCGCUCAACCGGCUCUGGGACGAGCUCAGGGAGAUCCAGCCAUCUCCUUUGGAGAGAGAGGCUGCUGAUCGGGGCAGAGACAUCUUCAGAAUCCUCAGGGACUGGUACGGCAGAAUCGAUCCUAAGGAUGAUCUCACCGUUUUCGCCUAACCCUGGGAGAGGAGCUGACUAUGCUGGUCCUGCGGUCACAAGCAACAGACCCUCCACAGAGUCUGCACGUAGGACUUCAGAACCUGACUGCCUCUCCUCCGCCUCCAUCUCCACCGGCAGCUACAUCACCACUGACCCUGAGCUAAACGUCGAUGCCGCAGAUAAAUCCCCGUCGCUCGGGCAUUGUCCAAAACCAGGACGAGGAGCACAGUUUCUUGAAGUCUCCUCUCCGUCCGCACAAAGCUCCUGUAUCGAGGACAGCCCGGCCUCUGGCAGUCCUGGUCUGGCUGUGGCCUCUCUGUUUAACGACAGCAGCAUCCAGCACAUUAUAGACAGAUACACAAGGGAGCUAAACAUCUCCCUCAAUGCCGCUGGCAAAACCACAGACAGCGAAGGCUCAUACGUGGAGGAACCCGGCGCUUCAGUUUCUCAGCAAGCUUUGGUUCGAGUCUCAGAGACGAGGGGGGAGGAUGAAAGCUUUGCGUCUCUCCGCUCUAUUUCCUCAGACACCGCAGGAGCACAGAGGAGUGUCCUGGAUUUGCACAACGGCAUAAAUCCGAUCCCGGAGCACUUCUCGGGCGAGGACCCAUCACUGGCUGAGGAGCAGGACUCUUUCAGACCUCUGAUUGGCCAGCUGGCGGAGCAGUCGUCCUGCCUCGCCGCCGACCAGAGGGACUCGGCCAUGGAGCAGUUGGUCUGUCAACCGUCCGCUCACUCGUCCAUGAUUGGUCAGCUACCAGGCUCGCAGGUUUCGGUGAGCUUCGACCAGGGCGGAUGGGAUUCCACUCUGAGUCGGCUGAUCGGUCGACUCUCCAAUCAGUCCAGCUCCCAUUCGCUGAGCGGCGGGCAGGACUUCUACACCGGCCAGCUGACGGGACCGGGGCCGUCCGAGGAGUCGACCACAUGGCUGGAUGGAGGGCUGGGAGAGAGCCGGAUGAGACUGCUGGUUGUGGAGCUGGAUGAGUCUGCUGCCCAGCACAGUGGAACCUCAGCCCGUGUGGAUCUCGGUGUCUCGACUGAGGCCCCUCCUGACGCCUCGUUGCACAGCGCCUCGACCCCCGCUGCGAAUCCACAGCCACAAGGCCAGACGGUGCAGAACCAAACCAGUCCAAUGCACCUGGGCCUAGAGGGGACUGAAGCUUCAGUGCUUCUAGACUCUGACUCGUUUCACCCGCUGCUGGCUGAGGUCACACACAACGAAACGGCGGAGCCCUCCAUGAUCUUUCACCUGCCCGAUCACGAUGGGCCGACGUCUCCUGAGGGACAGCCGGCCUGCGGGGAGAGUCGUGGUUCUGCAUCUUCUGAGGAGUUUGAAGCCCACGCUGACUCGUCUGUCGAGUCCGAGCCGUCCCCCGAGCGCCUCAGAGAGGAGGAGCCGUCUGGCUGCGCUGCUGUUUCCCCCGCCUCACAUGACUCCUCCUCCCAGCUAAUCACCUCCGACUGCCAUCCCGAUGAAUCUGUCCUGAUGCUGUCUCCCGCCGCAGACGUGGAGCUAACAGCUCUGAGCUUGUCCCGUUUAACAAUGUGUGACGAUGCAACUCGUGUGGACAUGCCGCUGCCAGAGGGAGCGGCGGCAGACGGAAAUCACGUCUGGCCUUUCUCCUAUAAGAUACUGGAAGCUGCCGGGGAGAAGGGGAUCCUCGAGCAGUCGGAGAUCACGCUAGUGAGCCUGACGGACACCACGCUGCAGGACCAGGAGGAGACCGACACUGAGGAAGUGGGAAUGUGGGACGACGAUCAUCCAGACGGAGUGGAGGAAGAAGGACAGCGAGCCCAAGAGACGGAGGGGUCCCAAUACAUGUCGCAGGAAGAGAGUCCAGAAGAUGAGAAACACACACACCCAGAGCCAGUGACGCUCCUGGACUUUCAGUGGGGUUCCAGUCGCCUGCAGGAGGUCCACCAGCAGAAGCGCAGUGCGCUGCUCCAGAGGUCGUCCCGCAGGGUGGAGGAGAUCAAGGCCAAAGGGGCUCUCGCCAAGGUUCAACCUGAGAUCCGAGUUCCAGCCGAAGCCAGAGAGCAGCCCGUGGCUAAGGGAUCUAAACCAGUCCCCUGUAAAGCCAAGAUGUCAGAGACUCGACAUCAGGCUGAUACCGAGUCAAAGGGGACUCGCGCUGAGAAGUCUGGCUCCAUCAAGCAGAAAAAGCCGCAGCUCCUCCCUCCAGUGGUCGAGGUGAAGACCUGCACAGCGGAGCAAAGGAAGCGGGAUGUUUCUGAGAUGCACCACAGAACUCAGAGACUGUAUGAUCAGCUGGAGGAGGUGAAGCAUCAGAAAGCCGCCGGGAACCGACAGCAAACGUAUGCAAAAAACAGACUGAAGGCCAAAGAGUUCCACAAGAAAACCUUACAGAAGCUUCGUGCCAAGCAUCCUCUGAAUGUGUCCUAGUUCUACCUGUGUAAAGUUUUUAUUUUUAUCAAUAAAGCAUUUUAAGUUAUUUAAA